AUGUCACCGGUGAUAUCACAUGAAGCACAAACCCCAACAGUUGCACCAAUUGGAAGUAGUACAGAAGUCCAAGUGGAUGCACCAUUUGGAAGCAUUGCUCAAACUCCGAAGGCUCUAACCCCGGAGGCUGCAUCGGUCGGAAGCAAUGCUCAAACCCCCGAGGCUGCAUCGGUCGGAAGCAGUGCUCAAACCCCCGAGGCUGCAUCGGUCGGAAGCAGUGCUCAAACCCCCGAGGCUGCAUCGGUCGGAAGCAGUGCUCAAACCCCGGAGGCUGCAUCGGUCGGAAGCAGUGCUCAAACCCCGGAGGCUGCAUCGGUCGGAAGCACUGCUCAAACCCCCGAGGCUGCAUCGGUCGGAAGCACUGCUCAAACCCCCGAGGCUGCAUCGGUCGGAAGCAGUGCUCAAACCCCCGAGGCUGCAUCGGUCGGAAGCAGUGCUCAAACCCCCGAGGCUGCGUCGGUCGGAAGCAGUGCUCAAACCCCCGAGGCUGCGUCGGUCGGAAGCAGUGCUCAAACCCCCGAGGCUGCGUCGGUCGGAAGCAGUGCUCAAACCCCCGAGGCUGCGUCGGUCGGAAGCAGUGCUCAAACCCCCGAGGCUGCGUCGGUCGGAAGCAGUGCUCAAACCCCGGAGGCUGCGUCAGUCGGAAGCAGUGCUCAAACCCCGGAGACUGCGUCAGUCGGAAGCAGUGCUCAAACCCCAACCAUUGCACCAAUUGAAAGUAGCACACAAGCAUGA